AUCGUUCAGGAGGUAAGUGCUGGCACUGUGUCUGUGUGCCAGGGAGCCACGGGAUGACCUGCCAGCCCCAGACAGUGACCCCAAUGUGUCCCAUGUCCCCAGGGGAAAUUUUUUUUCCCCUUCCAGUCCUCUCCUGGGUGAGGGGACAUGCACACCCAGCACAUCUGCCUGCCAUGUCCAGCCACCGAGCAGGCUGUGACCAUCACCCCCUUUGACAGCCCACAACCAGCACAAAGGCCCUAGAUGUCCCCACGGGCAGCCUGGCACAGCAUGGUGAACCCCUGGCACAGAGACAGAUGAGUUCUGGCCAGGACUGAGAUGGGCUGGAACAGAGAUGAGUGUUUCUCUGCAGGGGAGGGUGGACUCAGGUGGGACCGGGCUGUGCCACGCUGCCACCCCUGUUCAGGUCACACGAGGCUGGGGGAUGCUGGUCCUCACCUUGGGACAGGCUGGGGGCUUUAAAUCCCUGUCCCGGGGGAUUUGGCAGGGGAGCUCUGUGUGCUGAGGGCUGGGUGGUCAUCAAGGGCUGUCCCGUUGCAGGGCAGCCCUGCACAGCCAUCUUGGGGCUGGAACUGAACCCCACUGUGCCUCCCUGGCUGGUGCUGCACCCACAGCCCCUGGCACUGCCCCUCGGGCUGCCAUGCAGAGCUCUGCAAGCCCUGCCCCGGCCCUGCUGCCCUGCAGCUCAUGCUCCGCCUGCUCAUCCGAGCACCCCAGGGGCAGCGCCUGCCCACGGGUACCCCCAAAGCACCUCCUGGGCCAGGCAGGGCUGUGCUGCCCCUGGCUGGGCUUCUCCUGAGCGUGAAGGGUGUCUGCAGAGCAGGAGGGGCCAGGCGAGGCGGGGAGGAAUGCGAGUGGGAGAGCGGCCGGGCAUGUAGCGACAGCUCCUGGGGCGCCCGGCGCCAGGGAUCCCACACGCUGCACAGGGCAGGGAGCAGAGCCCCGGCAGCAGCGCUGGCAGCUGCCAUGGGGCACCCCACCACUCACCCCCUCUGAGGAGCAGCCAGCAGAAGGCGGUGGGUGAGUCACCCGGCUGUGGUGAGGGUCCUUGGCUCCGGGGGGACCUCAGAUCUGACGCAGAGGGGCUGGAAAUCCUCCCCCCCCAGGAGGGUGAUGCCCUGCUGUGCCCACCCAAGGGGCUGAGGAUGCUGGGGUGUCGAGUAGCUGCCAUGAGCCCCGAGAAGGUGCUGAGGGAGGGGGUGCUGGAGAAGAGGAGCGGAGGGCUGCUGCAGCUCUGGAAGAAGAAGCGCUGCCUGCUGACGGAGAAAGGGCUGCAGCUCUCGGAGCCCAAGGGCUCGCGGCGCAAGGAGCUCAGCUUCUCCCGCAUGAAGGCGGUGGAGUGCGUGGAGUGGAAGGCGCAGCACAUCUACUUCACCGUGGUGAUGGACGACAGCCACGAGAUCGACUUCCGCUGCGCCCAGGAGGACCCCGGCUGGAACGCCGAGAUCACCAUGGGCCUCGUCCGCUUCAAGAACCAGCAGGCCAUGCAGCUGGUGCGCGCCCGGCACAGCUGCAGAGCGGUGGUGCAGUUCGAUGCAGCCCCGGUGGGACAGCCCCUGGAUGCACAACAUCUGAAGAGCAGGAUGGAGAUGGCCCUUGGCUCAGUGGUCAGUGGGGAGAAUGGGAUACCAGUGGGCAAGUGAGGCCAUGGGGAUGGUGGCCCCCCCAUUCUGGGGCAGGACAGAGGCACCGCAGGAGCUGGGCUGGCUGCAGGGGUCAAGCCACAACCCCUUGGAAUGAUGGGGCAAUGGACAGAGUCAGGGCCACCACCUGAGGCUCUGGAUGUGCCAGGAUGUGACAUCUCUGCCUGGAGGACCACCAUCCUUCAGCUGAGAUGGCCAGGACUUUAUGGACCCAGUGGGAACUCUUGGGCCUUUCCUGCGGGACAGGGGAUGGGUUGGAUGAGGUUGAGCCCAAAGGAAGCUGUGUGACAGUGAGCUCUGCCUGAAAGCCAGUGACACUGGGACAGAUGGAUGCAACUGGGGCCAUGGCUCCCCCUGAGCAUUGAGAAGGGGCUGGAGAGCUGCAGCUGCUGCAGGGACCCCUCUGAGCACCGUACCUGGAUGAUGCAGUGGCUGUGCUGCCCUGGGCUGUCCUCAGGCUAACUGGGGAUGCUGGGGAAGGCAACGAGGACCUCAACUCCCUGUACCCAAAGUGUUCCCAAACAAGAUCUUCUGCUGCUUA